CUUCCAGUCAGCAAUAACUUGUUACUGGUGGUCAAUCGUUGCUGCUUUUGUUGCAUCACCGUCCACCGUAUGGGUUCGUCUCGUGCCUCGUUGUGCGUCACCCUGGAAAAGUGUCUCGGAGACGUGGUGGGACCUGAACACAACAGCCUGCAGCUCAGUGGCCAACAUGCGGCUGGAGAGACACCUGUGAUCCGAGCUGUGGGUAAUCUUUACUGCCCCUGAUAUCUCUCUGUGCGCAACUUUCCCCGCAGUCUGUCAGCUCGUCCCCGCUUUGAAUCGCCCUUGUUUCAGUCCCGACAGUCAAGUUUGACCCGCUCGCGCCGCCAUGACCUCAAAGGAGGACUCGAAAUGCCCAGCGGUGCUGGACGAGCGGAGGCGCAGUCCUCUGGAUCAGCUCCCGCCGCCGGCCAACUCCAACAAACCGCUGACGCCUUUCAGCAUCGAGGACAUCCUCAACAAGCCGUCUGUGAGAAGGAGCUACUCCCUGAGCGGGGCGGCGCACCACGUCUCUCCCGGAGAGAAGCUGCCCUCGGCGGGUCAAAGCCUGUCCGGCCGCGCGCUUCUCAGUCAAACGUCCCCGCUCUGCGCGCUCGAGGAAUUGGCCAGCAAAACGUUCAAGGGCCUGGAGGUCAGCGUCCUGCAGGCAGCCGAGGGCCGCGAUGGUAUGACGCUCUUUGGUCAGAGGAACACCCCCAAGAAGCGACGAAAGUCCCGCACGGCGUUCACCAACCACCAGAUCUACGAGCUGGAGAAGCGAUUCCUGUACCAGAAGUACCUGAGUCCGGCUGACCGGGACCAGAUAGCCCAGCAGCUCGGUCUGACCAAUGCACAGGUCAUCACCUGGUUUCAGAACAGGAGGGCCAAACUCAAGCGGGACUUGGAGGAGAUGAAAGCGGACGUAGAGUCCGCCAAGGCCGCGGGUAAUGUGGCCUUUGAGAAGCUCUCCAAACUGGCCGAGCUGGAGAAAUGCGCGGCCAGAGGAAUGGGCGGAGGUACGGGUUCAGCGCCGGGCCUCAACGAGCCUGACCCGGUCUGCUCCAGGUCUCACCACGACCCCAGCGAAAACCUCGACUCCAGCAGGCCGCGCAUGUCGCCUUCUUCACCCGAAUCGUCGUGGUACACGGACCGGCUGAGCAUUAAGAGCUGCUCGGAGGACGAAGAUGAGGAGAUUGACGUGGAUGAUUAAAAUACUGUGAGUGAAUAGUCACCGACACAGACGCCUGAGGUGCCAAAUAAAGCGAUGCUUGCGGGCAGAAACUCUUGGCUUUGCGAAGGAUUCCAUCCUUUUCGCGCGGACAAGCAGCGAUGCGGCCAAACUAUCCGCAAACAGCAGAUGUGAUGUGAGAGCUGCUGCGGGCCCAGCGCCGUCUGUGGACGACACGUGACAGAGAGACACUGAAACAAGCAGGUGCACACUCAGAUUCCGGUUACAAUCACGCAAAUAUCUCACUGCAUGUUUAUUUGCUUUUAUUUUGAAAUCGAC